UCUCCCACCUCGACGCAUUUCAUGCACAUCGAAUGAAGAGACUUUAGUCGAGAGGGAGUGUGAGAGGUUUCUGGUUACCUGACUCUCAGUUCCUGUUUAUGAGGCCAACCCAUUCCUGUCAAGAGGGUGACUCACUGAUAUACUGCAGACAAGCGAGAUGGACAGAAGGAUAAUUGUCGGGAGGGGGGGAGUUAAGAGGAGCACAUAUAUAGUGCCAUGCUUCCUGUUUGUAGAGCUGGUGAUCAUGGCCGGAACGGUUCUCCUGGCAUACUACUUUGAAUAUACGGACACGUUCCCGGUGCACAUCCAAGGGUUCUUCUGCUAUGAUAAAGCCUUCUCUAAGCCAUAUCCUGGACCUGAAGACGACAGCAAAGCUCCUCCAGUGCUGGUGUAUUCGCUGGUCACCGCCAUCCCCACCGUCACUAUACUGCUGGGGGAGCUCACAUCCUUCUUCACUAAACCUGAGGACAUACAGGAGAAGACGAUUGUAACGGCUGACUGCUGUUAUUUCAACCCGCUGCUGAGACGCAUGGUCCGUUUUCUUGGUGUGUACUCCUUUGGCCUCUUUACCACCACCAUCUUUGCCAAUGCAGGACAGGUGGUUACAGGAAAUCAAACUCCUCACUUCCUGUCUACAUGCCGCCCGAACUACACAGCGCUGGGCUGCCAUUCACCAAUGCAGUACAUUACAGAGCGCCGCGCAUGCACUGGGAACCCUUACCUCAUCACCUCUGCCCGCAAAUCUUUCCCCUCAAAAGACACAGCGCUGAGUAUGUACUCUGCUGUUUAUACGGUGAUGUACAUAACUCUGGUUUGGCGCACUAAAGGCACAAGGCUGACCAAACCCACUCUGUGUCUGACUCUUCUCUCGUUGGCUGUUCUGGUCGGCAUCGUGCGUGUAGCCGAGUACCGCAAUCACUGGUCUGAUGUUCUAGCAGGAUACCUCACUGGGGGAGCCAUUGCUGCUUUUCUAGUCACAUGUGUGAUCAAUAAUUUCCAGCAGACCCAGCCUCCACUCCCACCUAUGCCACCCCUUUUGCAGCCCCCGCACCCAGAUCCCCCACUCAACAUGCCCAUGGUGGCCAUGCCCUGCAUAGAAAGUCCACUCGAAAAGUUCCAGGGGUUUUGUACACAGGCAUCACAUGACCAUCAGCCAUACCUGUCCCCCGCCCCUCCCGAUGUUCUCAUCCACUCUCGUCGCUCCAUCUCCAGCGCAGUCUAGACAUGCCUUCUGAAUACUCCACUUGCAUAUGCCCUAGACCCUCUCUUACAAGAUCAUACUCGACUCAGGUCUAGAGCUGUCCCAUACUCGCCUCUACUGCCCCCUACUGGAUGACAGAGGCAAUGACAGCAAUAUUGCUUAUUUUAGUCUGGAUUGUUUCAUGUUUGUAUUAAUCAUCUUGGUUUCUCUCUCUUGUCUUUUGGGUGGGUAUUUUAAUUAUUAUUAUUUUUAUUUUAUUUUUUUAAAGGAAAAUGUUCCAGCUGAUAAUAAGCUUCCACAGAUUUCGUAAUGAUUACAGUGUAUUGCUAUUAUUAAUUAAAGGUGUUGAUAUAUGAGCGUUCUGUGUCCAUUACAAAAAUAUUUUCUCAUGUAAUAGCCAUACAUAAACUGAAUAUCUACUGUGAGAUUAAUAUUUACUGAAUUGAAGGGUGAAGAGUAAAAAAUAAUACAAUUCUAUUUUUAAUAUAGAGGUAUUGGUAGGUUGUAGCACUCGAGUAAAUGUAUUUGAAAGAAAUUAAGUAGAUUAUUUUACAGUUAGCACUAUUUUUAUGGCUAUAGGUUACUUUAAGUAUACUCUAUCAAGUAACCAUGGAAAAAUAAACAUUGGAUUAUUCCAAAAAAGGCCAUAGAAAUUAUAAAAUACAUUGUAUUAUGGAUUAAUAAUAAACUAAGAGAAUUGCAGCACUAUAGAAUUGUCUAGAAUUUAAGGGUGACAAAUGUACAGGAUGUAGCAAAUAUGUACAGGAUGUAGUUUUAUAUCUUACAUUGUAUAAAAUGUUAAUGUUUUUCCCCUUUUAAAUUGUUAAUUUAUUCAUUUACAUAUCUUAAUUGGGGCAUUGACAUUAGGUCAAUGUAUUAAAUUAAUCCAAAACCAAAAAUAUAUGAGACCUCAGGCUUUAUCUAAGGUUUAUUUGGGACAACAUCUGUAUCACCAGCCUCUCAACUCCUCUCAACUGUCUGACUGUCUAUACUUUUGUACAUAGAUUUCUUUUUCACAUUGAGAUUGCCAUUUUAGAUUAAAAAAAUAAAGAAAAAUUAAUUGCUGUGUUACCAUUAAACAACUUAAGUCUAUAGUCUAGAACACAAUUUCAUGAGACUUGUGUUAAACAAUCAUUUGUGGUUAUUUUGAGAGAUUACGAGGGAACAGAGGGAACUAUUCUGUAAAGCUUGUUGUCAGACAUUUUGUCUAUUGUUGUUAUCUUCUAUUUUGUAAGCCAGCAUUUUUCUAAAUAGUUUGUUCACUGGAGGAGGUGAGAUAAAGCCUCUGUAUGUAACGCGGUGCUUGGAUGUGACUGUUCAGGUUUAGCGUCCCUUCAUUUUGUAAAAAAUAAAAAAUAAAUCUGAAGAAGUGAUUCUUGCGGUGCAGAACUGACUGCUAAUUUAACGUUUAAUAAAAGAAA